UUUGGUAGCUUCACUUGGACUGAUGGGACUCGAAAUGUUGUCAUUCCUUUGUCUGUUAGGAAUCGUGUUUCGAUGCUAAAAUGUUAUGUUAUUUUGUUUUCUUUUAUCUUUUUUUAUAAAAAAAAACAAAUAAUAGGAAAUGUAAUCAUAUGAAAUUAUUAAUUCAGUCGUUUCGUUUUGGCGAACACAAAAGAGAAGAAGAAAACUUUACCGCUGCCGAUCUCCCUCCGUGGUGGGCCGUGCUCGUCACCGCCACUAUGUGAGGGAGGAUCUCCUCCGCCUCCUUAGUUUAAUCUAAGUUUUAUUUGGUUUCUUGUCUUUUUGGGUGAGGGUUUCCUUCUCAGUCCGGUGAGUGCUAGUUUGGCUCUGUCUCAAGUAGUCUGUGCUUGUCCCUUGGUGGCUUGUCUUCCUUGGUGCGUCGCUUGACAUAGUACGGUGGUUGGUUCAGUUCUUGGUCCAGAUCUACCGGAUCUUGGGUUGAUAAAUUUGUAGGGUCUUGGAGUCUUUUGUGGCUGUUUCGGUGCUUGGAUCCCUUUAGUAUCUGUCGGUUUGGUGCGGAGGGGUAUGUUUCUUUGAGGCUUUUUUUUUGCAACAGUGAAGCGUCCCGAGGAUACUUUGGUUGCUACUGGCUUCUCUCCGGUGAAAAGGUCUGAUUUGAGGUGUAUUGUUCUUCAUCCUGCUGUGUGGUCUGGUGGGUGGACCUGUUUCUGUUCUUUGGUUUGGUUGUCAAGCUCUCAUGUGUUGGUGGUCUGUCCUUAUUGGAGGUUCAUCCUCGUUUCGUUUGGCUAUCUCCUUGUAAGCUUCCGGUGGUUCUAAGUUUCAUGGUUAUUAUCUCUUCCGUGCUCUCUUUUGAGCUCUCAGUAAUGUGGGAAUUUAAGUUUCGAAAUUUGCCUGGUUGUUUAUGUGCCCCGUGUGUGGGUUUAAGGAUCCCUUUUUAUGGGUUUUUGUUUCCCUUCUUAUGGGAUUUAGUUUCUGGGGAUAUCUUCUUCCUUCAGCUUAUGUAGUAAACUAUGUAUUACACUUUGUUGUUCUAAAAUAAUCCAAUUUGAGAAAAAAAAAAAAGGAAAUGUAAUCAUAUUCUCUUUCUUUGACUCUAACUGAAACCACAUCAAUAAUAACAAACUGAGACUAAGAUUCUCUCUCUCUCUCUCUCUCUUAACAUGAGAAGCAGCUAUAUAACUCAUGCCUUUUAACCAUAAACAAGAAAAGAAACACUUCUGUGUGAAAAUUAUCGGAGAAGAAGGAAAAAUAAUGGGCGGAGGAAACAAAUUUCAAGAACCAGUCAAGAUUAACCGUAGGAGACAAGUAAGGAAAGAGAAGGAAGAAGAUGAAGUCAAUGAAAGCUUCAAAUCGCCAAAUCUUGAAGCUGAGAGACGUAGAAGAGAGAAGCUACAUGGUCGGCUUAUGGCUCUGCGAUCUCAUGUUCCAACUGUCACAAACAUGACUAAAGCGAGUAUUGUUGAAGAUGCGAUUACUUACAUAGGAGAGCUUCAGAAGAUUGUUGAGAAUCUUACAGAGAAGCUUCAUGAAAUGGAAGAAACUCCUCUUGAGAUUUAUGAACAACAAACGGUUCAUACUAUAAAACCUGAGGUUGAAGCUAUUGAUUUGAAAAUGGAGAUGAAGAAAACGGGAAUCGAGGAGAAUGUGCAGUUUUGUAAGAUUGGGAAGAGGAAGUUUUGGUUAAAGAUCACAACUGAGAAGAGACCUGGGAUCUUUACUAAAUUCAUGGAGGUUAUGUGCCUGUUGGGAUUUGAGAUCAUUGACAUUACUCUAGCUACUUCAAAUGGAGCAAUUAUUAUUAGUUCCUCUGUUCAGAUACUUCAGGGACUAUGUGAUGGUGACUCUGUUGAUCCUCAACAGACAAAGGACUUUCUGUUGGAAGUCAUGAGAAGCAAUCCAUGAGUAAUACAUCUUGGAACUUUUCUAGCUAAUAAAGAUUUCCCUUGAUUCACAAUUUUUAAUCCUAGUUUAAUGUGAAAUGAUUCAGAUGAAACAGAGCCUCAUCUUAUCUCAUCUGUUUCUGCAAAAUGUUGUUAAUUAGCCUCUGUUUCUGCCUUAGUCCAGUGUUGAUUGAACC